ACAAAGCUAGAACUGCAACCGGCUGAGCAGGCGGGUAGAGUUCUGCAGUGCACUACUAUAUGCUAACUUUUAAUGUAGAGACGAAACCACGGCGCGUGAAGGAUCCUUAAAAAGGAAGGAAACAUCGUAAUGUUAAUGCAAAGAGGUGGAUAGCAUUUUUCAAAGGAAAUAUCUCUUCGCUGGAGGAAGAUGUACCGACCUUGGAUUAUCUCUUUGCUUUUAUUCAUCUUGGUUAUUACGGAGAAUUUAGAGUCCACUCAGGCCGAGAAAUAUUUACAAAGAUUUCGAAAAGUAGGCACCAACUCAAAGUUGGGCAGAUGCACGCCCAAUGGUUUGGUAGCAUGUGGUUCGAGCGGUCAGCGACGUCAACUCCCAAAAGGCAGAAAAAGAAAACAGGACUCGGAAUUUCCCGAACUUCCCCGAUCUUGGGAGUACAAAAUCAAACAGAGGUUAACGAGAGGAUACGACAAGACAUCACGUCCGGUCAAGAUGGAUAACACCACCAUAAAAGUCAAUAUAGCCAUGUCAUUGUUCCAUAUCUUAGACACAAAUGAAAAACAUCAAACAUUUUCAGCAUUAGUAUCGAUACGACUGCGUUGGCGGGACGAGUAUAUGGUAUGGGACAAGACAGAAUACGGAAACAUUAGCCAAAUUCACAUUCCAGCUUAUAGUUUAUGGUUACCAGACUUGGUUAUAAGCAACCAUGCUGAUGACAGUUUCAGCGGCUUCCUCAACACCUAUGCAAUAGUUCAACAUACGGGCGACACCCUAUGGAUGUUCCCCGCAGUCAUCAAGAUAUACUGUACCCUCAAUGUCAGACACUUCCCAUUCGAUUCCCAACAUUGUGAUGUGGUGUUUAUCUCGUGGACGUACAGUGGCUUCGAGCUUGAUAUGUUGUACAACGAUAAAUUUCCGAAUACUGUUUACUACACUGCUGAAAAUCAGGAAUGGUGGGUCGACCGCAUCACCGUAAAACGCCACGAAAAAUACUACGCAUGUUGCGAGGAGCCCUAUCCGGACGUGACGUUCACAAUCCACAUGAACAGGCGAAGUCUCUUCUAUAUCUUCAACCUGAUAUUCCCCUGUAUGCUAAUUUAUGUGGUCUCCAUGCUCGGCUUCUUCCUCCCGAUCGAGUCCGGGGAGAAAGUGAACCUGGAGAUCACCAUUCUACUGGCCUUGGUCGUCUUCCUCAUGAUCAUUGGUGAGACCCUGCCUCCUACUCCCGAUGCUAUUCCACUUUUGGGUAUGCUUUUCGGUGCCACUAUGCUGAUGGUGUCUAUAGCGUUAGUAAUGGGAGUUAUCGUCACAAACAUUCACCUGAGGAGAUAUUCGAAACAAAAAGUACCUAGGUGGGUCGGUAGAAAGAUUAUACGAUGCGAUUGUGCAAGACAGAAGAAGUCUAAAGUCCGACUGAAAUGCAAAAGCCAAACACAUCGGUCGAGUGCGCAUAGUCAAUCUUGUGACAUUGAAAUAGACACUUUAGCAGGAGCUCACGAAAUGCAAGCUCUGACGACGCACCCACGCACGCGCGCCAAUGGGAACUUGCAUAAAAACAGCAGUGGGGAGAAUAUUGUGUGUAACUGUACUUUCCCUGGAUUGCCCGCCGGUAGUCAACCGAACGUAGAUGAUGGUAACCAAGGUGAGAGCAGUUCCGCAGUAUCAAAGCCAGUCCCGCAGCAAUGCCCGUGCCAAUCUCCCGAAGCGUGGUCUACCUUAGCCAAGUUCAUGGAUAGGUUGUUCUUUUACAUAUUCUUGAUAGCCAGCUUGUUGGCCUUCUUUUUAAUCUUCUAUCAGAUUCCAUCACAUUCUAAUGAAGAUUCAAAUACAAAUAACGAUAAAGAAGUGUCAACAAAUGAUACAGCGACGUAGGUUUGCUGAGAAAAUCCUGGUUUUCAAAAAUGGAUACUGCAGGUGGUGAAACUUAAUUGUGUCCCUUUGAAGCACAGUCCAAAGUGCAUCAUCCUUAGGGCCAAUGUCAGGGAUUUCACGCAUAAUCUGCUGGUAUGGUUAAAAGUCCUGCUGAUUAAAGGUCAAGGUUACAUGUGUAGACACAGAAUUCAAGGUCACAAUUUUAAAGGUUUGAGGUCGAGGCAAUGCCAUCAAAAUAAUGAAUUUGUGACUUGGGGUGGAUUGAUGCAGUUGUGACUGUAAGGAGAGCUUGGUGGGCUAAAUGAUUGUGAUGGAGCACUGUUUUAAGGUGAUUGGAAGGGAAUUGAACCGACCAUCAUGGUGUGUAUAGUUUAGAAGAAAAUAACUGGAUAUCUCAAAACAUGUGGAUCAGGACAUGUACAUGUAAUGACUGAAGAAGUGUAAUACAAGUUGCAAGUAAUGUCGAAAACAACAGACUUAAUUAUGCUUCGUCAUGCACUACGAAAUGGAUGGCACAAGGGAAGGGAAGUUCUUGCAAGGCUGAUGACACAGUACUGUUGGUAGAUAUCGUUUGCUGGUGGCAUCAGUUGAGUGUUUUGCUCCAAGUUUUACUGGCUGUGAAUGGCAAAAGACUGCUUUAUAUUGAAAUGAGGUGGCAAAGUCACUAGCUGAGGCAUUGUGAUAUAACAUGGCGUGUGGUCCAUGGACUAAUAUCAAGUAUUAUGGAGGAUAAUAUAUCAUAAAUGUAUUGUAGAUAAACGUUGGGCAGGGAAGUAUUUUGUAUUAGGGAUUCCUGCAUCCAAAUAAUGUCUUGUCAUGUAAAUAGAUUUUAUAUAACCAAGUGUGUAUGAUAGUCAAUUUUAUAAAUCAAAUGUCAAAGAAGAAGCUCAACGAUUAAAUUAAAAUACGUAAGGGAACCUUUCAUAAAACCCAAUACAGAAUGUCAUGUUAUGAGAGCUUAGUGUAAAAAGAUUCAUUCAUCAAAUAUCAACUUUACCCAGACUUUUAACAGUGCAACUCAUCAUUACAUGUUGCGUGCGACCAUUGCCAAAGUUAAGUUUCCGAUUUAUUUGUUGGGUGUCGACGAAUCAAACUGUAAUUCCAACAUUGCGGCUUUGAGCUUUUAUUUUCCAUGCAGGGAUUGCAAUAAAGAAAAAUCCUAAGGUGUAUGUAGCAUUUUAGAGGUCAAGUCUUAUAGUUCAUAUUCCUUCCUGUUCCAGAGACGAACCGAUCGCCUCCUUUUCCAUAUACGCUCCCCUCUAAUUACUUACUCAAGUUUUGGAAUACUUGCAGGAGUCGGCUGGUAACUGGGAUUAAAUAUUCUGUACAAUAAUGUCACUUUAUCAUAAUGCUAUAACAGGGCAGGGUAACAGAGGACUACAUUGAUAUUCAAACGGGAUGUUCACUUCGCUUCUUCAUGAUUUCAGGAAAACGGCGGAUUCUCUUAAACUUUGAAAAUUGCACUUGAUUAUUUUGAACGAUUUCAACACUAAUGCAGUUGUGUGGCCUGAUAUAAAAUGCUAAGUUGCAGCAAAUUUGUGUGUAUAAUUACUGCUUCACGGCAAUGUUUAUUUUUAUUUAUAUGAGCUACAAUAAAAUAAAAUGACUACUCCUUGAAACUAUACCCGCAACAAAACUUGUUUGUUUCCGCUGUAUACGCAGUUCCAUGAUCAUGUGUAGUAGAGUCAUCAUCAUUUUUAUCAUUUUGGAUACAGAGGCAGAAUGUAAUGUAUCGGUAACGAUGAAAUGCAUGAUCCUAAUAAAUACGAUU